AUGAAGCUGAAUGAUUUUCUUACGAUGGAAUUGGGCGGCAGGGGCGUUGUGGACACCAAUCGGAGUGUUUUGCUGGAGGAGCUUUUAAAGGACCCCACGAAGUAUAUCCACGAUGCGGGAGUAUUGGGUAAAAUACAGACAUCAAAUCAUUACAAGAGGAUGGAGAGGGCUGUAAGGGAUGAAAUGGAUAUGGAAGAGGAUGUAAGCAGGCUUUACAAAAAUGGUGUGGACAAUCUACUGAGGUGUUUGGUGGCUACUGCAUUUUUUUGUUACUCGUGUGUUGGUUGCGUUGGCUUUAUUUUAUGCCGAAAUGUACUUGUUUUUUUCUGUUGCGCCACUGAGCUCAAUAUGUAG